AACUCUCAACAUCCACCACCUUUUCUCACACACAAAAACCUCAUGGGCCUAAACUCGAACCGGGUUGAUCACUAUUCGGGUUCGGGUCAUGCGGGUCAAGUGCACACAUUUGAAACAACAACUGAUCAUCCGGUAACUAUAACGGUCUCCACCGAAGCAAUGACGGUCCACAAUGUUUGUUUGCCACCACAGAAAAGCACUGGCCAGAAACUUAGGCACCGGUUGUCCGAGGUUUUCUUUCCGGAUGAUCCGCUUCAUGGGUUUAAGAAUCAGUCGCGUUUAAGGAAGUUGAUACUCGCUCUUCAGUUCUUCUUUCCAGUGUUCGAGUGGGCGCCUAAUUAUAGUCUUACGCUUCUUCGAGCUGAUGUUGUGUCUGGACUUACUAUUGCUAGUUUAGCAAUUCCUCAGGGAAUUAGCUAUGCAAAACUUGCAAGCUUGCCUCCCAUAAUUGGGCUAUACUCGAGCUUCGUGCCACCGUUGAUCUACUCAGUGCUCGGGAGUUCUAAACAUCUAGCCGUCGGGCCUGUGUCCAUAGCCUCGUUGGUCAUGGGAACAAUGCUAACCGAAGCAGUUCCAUACAACCAAGAUCCGGUUCUCUACCUCAAGUUGGCUUUUACUGCAACUUUCGUUGCGGGUGUCUUUCAAGCAUCUUUAGGACUUCUUAGAUUAGGGUUCGUGAUAGAUUUCUUAUCAAAGGCGACCCUUCUCGGUUUCAUGGCCGGGGCAGCAGUUAUUGUAUCCUUACAACAACUAAAAGGGCUACUCGGGAUCAUUCAUUUCACCACUAAAAUGCAAAUAAUUCCAGUUUUGUCGUCCGCCAUUGAGCACAAAAACGAGUGGUCUUGGCAAACAAUUGUGAUGGGGUUUUGCUUUUUGGCCUUUUUAUUGGCUACAAGACAUAUUGGCAUGCGAAAACCGAAGCUUUUCUGGGUAUCAGCAGCAGCUCCAUUGGCAUCAGUCAUUCUCUCAACCCUUUUAGUCACUCUUUUUAGAUCAAAGCUUCAUGGGAUUGCAACUAUUGGUCAUUUGGAAAAGGGAUUGAAUCCACCAUCAUCAAACAUGCUAUAUUUUCAUGGUGAAUAUCUAGGGGUGGCUAUCAAGACCGGCAUAAUUACCGGAAUAUUAUCGCUCACCGAAGGGAUUGCGGUAGGACGAACAUUUGCGGCUUUGAAUGAUUAUCAAGUUGAUGGCAACAAAGAAAUGAUAGCGAUCGGCCUUAUGAACAUGGCUGGUUCUUGUUCCUCUUGCUAUGUCACUACUGGCUCGUUUUCUCGAUCUGCGGUUAAUGCCAACGCUGGCGCUAAAACUGUGGUGUCGAACAUCAUAAUGGCAUCAACGGUGCUUGUAACACUCCUGUUCUUGAUGCCUCUAUUUCAUUACACACCAAACUUGAUCUUGGCGGCAAUUAUCAUAACGGCUGUAAUCGGGCUAAUCGACUACCAGAGUGCUAUUAAACUUUGGAAAGUUGAUAAACUUGAUUUUCUAGCUUGUUUAUCUUCAUUUCUUGGUGUUCUCAUGAUUUCAGUCCCAAUCGGUCUUGCAAUCGCGGUUGGUGUUUCGGUUUUCAAGAUUCUGUUACAUGUCACAAGACCAAACACGGGUGUGUUAGGAAACAUCCCGGGAACUCAUAUUUACCAAAAUGUCAAUAGAUACAGAGAAGCGAAAAGGGUUCCUUCUUUCGCCAUACUUGGUAUUGAGGCCCCUAUCUACUUUGCAAACGCUACUUAUCUACAAGAAAGGAUAAUGAGAUGGAUUAGGGAAGAGGAAGAGUGGUUAGCAGCCAAUAAUGGCAGUUCUUUGAAAUGUGUAAUUAUCGACAUGACCGCUGUUACCGGCAUUGACACAAGUGGUCUUGCAAUGAUGAAAGAGCUUAAGAAAAUGCUAGAGAAGCGUUCGCUUCAGUUAGUGUUGGCGAAUCCUGGCGGGACUGUGAUGGAAAAGCUACACCAAUCAAACAUAUUGGAGUCGUUCGGGUUGGAAGGUGUGUACCUGACGGUUGAUGAAGCCGUGACCGACAUAUCAUCAUCAUGGAAAUCUCAGCCAUGAACAUGAAAUGUAGAAGAGGAAAUUAGCAUAAUGACUAAAAUCCUCAAAUCAGUUUCUUUUAUUUUAGUUUGCAGGAUAGGAAGAGAGGGUGUAAACCCAUUGAGUCAGUGCUUAAUGCUUAAGUGGUAUGUAAAAAUCACAAGCUAUAAGCUUUUUUCUAUAACAAACAAUUAUCUUAACAUUUAUUUAUGAAUGGGUCGAUCGAUCUUGGUUA